AAUCCGUGUAGUCGUCGUCGACGUUUUGGAGAGAGAGAGACAAGGAAAAAGAGCGAAACUUUCUUGAGCUCUUCUUCUUCUUCUUUUAGAGAGAGAGAGAGAGAGAGAGGGUCUUUUGCUUCGACAUUCUCGCCGGAAAAGGUUAAAUGCGGCGUUGCUGGCGGAGAAUUCUCUAACGUGCACCUUCUUUGUCUCUGGAAAUUCUUGCUUUGAAAAGGAUUGUUCAAAUUUGAUUUGUGGUGUGGAGUGGGUUUUGGUUUAGGCUUUGAAUUGAGGCUUUAAGACUGUGUGAAGUGGUAGUUUAUUGUGCUUUUCAAGGAACGUUAGUAUCUAAGAACUAGUUCUAAAGAGUGUAGUAGUGGGUUUUGAAGGAAAAGCAAAAUGGGUGACACUGAAGAGGCUAAUAGUGAUAUGAUGCAAAGGCUUCAAUCAUCAUUUGGAACUUCUUCAUCUUCCAUUCUAAAGCAACCUUCUUUAUCCAUGGAACAACUCAAUAUACCCCAAUUGAACCCUUCACUGAACCGUGCCCGCCAUUUUCAGCAAAAUUUUAGUGGAGAUGGUAGCAAAAGAGUUGGUAUACCGCCUUCACACCCCCACCAGAUCCCACCCAUUUCGCCAUAUUCUCAGAUCCCGGUCUCCCGGCAGGUCCAGCAAAUGGGUUCGCAGAAUUUUAGCCCGGGACCUACUCACUCGCGAUCCUUAUCGCAGCCAUCGUCGUUUUUCUCGCUUGAUUCGCUACCCCCGUUAAGCCCGUCUAUGUUUCGUGACUCCUCGUCCACAUCGGUUUCGGAUGCAGUGUCGACCGAUGUGUCCAUGGAUGAUCGAAAUGCGGGUUCGCAUUCAUUGUUGCCCCCCUCGCCUUAUAUGAGGGCUGAUUCUAUGCGGGUUGGGGAGAGUUUACCCCCUCGUAAAGCACAUAGAAGGUCUAAUAGUGAUAUUCCAUUUGGGUUUUCUAGUGUGAUGCAAUCUUCGCCGCCACUUGUUCCGUUGAGGGGUUCGGGUGUUUUUGAGAGGUCAGUGUCUGGUCGGGAAAAUAUGGGGACGGCAAAGCCGGCUCAGCUGGUUAAAAGGGAAUCGACUUGGGAGAAAGGUGGCGAUAACAAUGCAGAAGGUAUGGGAGAGAGGAAGUCAGAAGGGGAAGUUGUUGAUGAUCUUUUUUCUGCAUAUAUGAAUUUGGAUAAUAUUGAUGCGUUGAACUCUUCGGGUACUGACGAGAAGACUGGUAAUGAGACUCGUGAGGACUUGGAUAGUAGAGCAAGUGGGACAAAGACUAAUGGAGGUGAUAGCAGUGAUAACGAAGCAGAAAGCAGCGUGAAUGAAAGUGGGAGCAGUGUGCAGAGAAUAGGACCGAAUUCUUCAGCUGAGAAGAGGGAAGGGACCAAAAGAAGUGCAGGGGGAGAUAUUGCCCCAACAAGCAGACACUACAGAAGUGUUUCGAUGGAUAGCUUCAUGGGGAAGUUGAACUUCAACGAUGAGUCACCUAAACUGCCACCUUCACCCGGAACUCGUCCUGGACAAAUGUCACCCAGCAAUUCAAUUGAUGGCAAUUCAGCUGCCUUCAGCUUGGAGUUUGGAAAUGGUGAGUUUAGUGGGGCAGAACUGAAGAAAAUUAUGGCAAAUGAAAAACUUUCUGAGAUUGCAUUGACUGACCCAAAGCGUGCAAAAAGGAUUUUGGCAAAUCGUCAAUCAGCUGCUCGUUCCAAAGAACGAAAGAUGCGGUACAUUUCAGAGUUGGAACAUAAGGUUCAAACUCUACAGACGGAAGCUACCACAUUGUCUGCACAGCUUACAUUAUUACAGAGGGAUUCUGUUGGGCUCACAAACCAGAAUCAUGAAUUGAAAUUUCGUCUUCAAGCAAUGGAACAACAGGCACAACUUAGAGAUGCUUUAAAUGAAGCCUUAACUACGGAGGUCCAACGGUUGAAGAUUGCAACAUCAGAGUUGAGUGGGGAGCACCCUUCUAAGUGCAUGGUUCCACAGCUUUCCGUUAACCCUCAAAUGUUCCAGUUGAUGCAGCAGCAGCAGCCUUCUGGCCAGCUCAACAUGCAUCAUUUGCAACAACAGCAGCAGCAGCAGCAGGCGUCACAGCAGCAGAAUGGUGGCACAACCUCAAAACCUGAGUCUCUUCAAUAGGUUGCGUGAAAUAUGGGUUUCUGUCAGUUGGAUGGCUGUUUAUCUUUACCAAAUUAUUAGCUUUUAAUAUUCAGUAAUUGUUGCUCAAUGCAAUCAUUCAUUAUCAUACUUGUCUUCAACAGACGUCUUUUAAGGUUUGUUAAUCAUGUAUUCAGUCUGCAAUGUGCGUCCAUCUCGGACUAUGUUAUGAAAUCAUAUAUACAAGUCUCAACACUAAUCAAUAUGUUCUAUCUUUUAUAUAUUUCUGGAAGAUACCUUGGAAUGUAGACAUUAGAAGAGUUAAAAACUCUUCUCUCUUUGUUUCUUUCAGUAAAGAAGAUGAUGUGUCUAUUUGAUUA